GGCGACUUCAAGUGCGCCAGGGCGGCACUAAAGGGAGUUUGUUCGGAUGAUCAAUUCACUGAGGCUACUGACCACAUGCCAGCCACGGGAUAUUCCCGAAAAGCAGUCAUCACCUCCGCGGAGGGUGCCCCCUUCGUCACGUACACCUGCGAUGAAGGCUGUGACAGCACUUCAAGAAUGCCUGUAAGACAUUGCUGUCGAAUCGUCCAGACGGAUAUUCAGUUUACCGGCUGUGAGGGACCUAUUCCGAUUGUCAACGGCGCCUGAUGCUUUUCUCUUAAGUUUUAAAGCUCGAUCUCAAACAUCAUGGCUCGAAUUUGAACACCUAAACAGCCUCAUCAGAUCUCUGACAUGUAGACAUGUUAAGCCAUGAUUCGGAAUGUUGAUUAUAGUUGUGAUGCAUGCCUUUAUAUGUACUUCCUUACUGCGUGUUCUAAUUUCAUAUACGAGCACAUGCUAUCUGUCUCUUUG